GCACAGUACAAGAACAAUAUCAUCAUCUCUACCAAAUAAAUAGUACUCAACUACUGAUCACAUAAUCAAUCUAGAUUCAUCUCAGAUUGAAGAGUUCAAUGGAAAUAACUCAAAUCAAGCUGUUCAUCGUGCUUCUAUACAUCCUCUCAAUGAUGGCAACUUCUAUACACGCCAAAGAUUUCAAAUAUUGCAAUAAGAGGAAAGAGUAUGCUGUCACGGUCAGUGGAGUCGAGAUCAUUCCUGACCCGAUAAUAAAAGGCAAAGAGACCUCUUUCGUUAUUUCUGCAUUCACAGAUAAGCCAUUAUCCGAAGGGGAAGUUGUGAUCGGUGUAGCAUACUUUGGAUGGAGCGUUUAUAGCGAGACCGGAGACCUCUGUGCUAAUAUAUCGUGUCCGAUUCCAGCUGGCGACUUCACAAUUUCUUACACCCAACUUUUACCGACAAUAGCUCCCCCUGGUUCAUACACGCUUACAUUAAAGGUGAAAGACGGUAACAAAAGCGAGCUCACAUGCAUCAAGUUUGAUUUCAGCAUUGGCUUCUUCACGUCGAGUGAACAACCGAUGAACACUUGACCGACAAUUGGUUCCAAAAGAGAUGUCAUUUCGCGUGUAUCGCUUAUUAUUGUCUAGACUUGUUAUUUUGUCGGUUCUGACACGUAACAUGUUAAAUGGUUCGAGUGUAAUUGGUCGAGAACGAAUCAUAUGGCUACAAGGUCAUGUAUAUAUUCCAAGUAAGACUGGAAAUAGCAUAUAAGAAUCAAACAAGAGGUUGCUUGAGAAUUGUUUUACCUAUAGAAAUGUGAAGAAUCUUUCCACA